CCCGAGAGCUAUUUUUUUCUUCAGCACUGACACCACAGAUCCUGUGUCUGAUCUCCAUGGUUCCUUUUAUAGACUGCGACUUUUCUGGUAUUGGUUGCGUCUGAAUAUAUACAACUUCUAAUCAUUCUUGUUUCCUUCUAUACCAUCUUUCGUUCUUUAUUCCAUCAUUCCACGACGCAUUCACUUGUAGUCGAAUUUAUCUACACCAUGCGUGCUUCAUCAGUUCUGGCCCUCGCUGCCACACUUCCCUCAACCUUCGCUGCUUAUAAAGGCUUCAACUAUGGCUCGACUGGCCGCGACCAAGCUGCCUUCGAAGGCGAAUUCAACUCAGCAAAGAACCUUGCGGGCUCGAGCUACACCUCAGCGAGACUGUACACCAUGAUCCAGGAUGGCACCACGAACACACCCAUCUCUGCUAUUCCUGCCGCCAUUAGCACCGGUACCUCUCUACUCCUAGGUCUCUGGGCCUCGGCUGGUGACGCCAUCUUCCAGAACGAACUUGCUGCGCUGAAUGCUGCCAUUGCCCAAUACGGCACCGCUUUCACCGACCUCAUUGCUGGCAUCAGCGUCGGCUCCGAGGACGUGUACCGUAUCACACCUAUUGGUGUAGCUAACAAUGCAGGCGUGGGUGUUGGCCCUGACGUCCUUGUCAAUUACAUCGGCCAAGUUCGCAGCGCCAUUUCUGGUACCAGUGCCUCUGACAAGCUCGUUGGCCACGUCGACACAUACAAUGUCUGGACCAACUCGAGCCAAGAUGCUUUGAUUGCCGCCUGCGACUUUCUAGGUGUCGAUGCCUAUCCUUACUACGAAACCACCAAAGCCAACUCGAUCGAAAAUGCCAAUGCCACCUUCUGGGAUGAUUACGAAUUGACCGUCGCCGCCAGCCAGGGCAAACCCGUAUGGAUCACAGAAACUGGCUGGCCUGUUUCCGGUCCCUCGUCGAACCAAGCCGUCGCAUCCAUCGAUAACGCAAAGACUUACUAUGACGAUGUGGCCUGUCAUGCCUUCGCCACUGGUGUUAACACCUGGUGGUAUAUUCUUCAGGACACUGGUGCCGAGCCCAGUUUUGGGUUGGUCGGUGCCGGAACACCCCCUCCAACAACACCUCUUUAUGACUUGAGUUGCUAGGUAUCAAGGAAGUCCAGAUUAUAAUAGUAGGAGUUAUUGGAUAUGGGUGGACAUAGAUAAUUCGCGGUACAUAUACUAUGUUAUUGUCCCGUAUAGACACCAUAAAUAAAGUAAAUUUUACAGAACGCUCCAAGCCUG